AUGUCGAACCAAGCAGGACCAUCAACCAUAUCUCAAGCUAGCCUGCUAGACCUCAAAGCCAUCACAGCAGAGCAUGUAGAUAGGUUCGCGAAAGAGGGGCGUAAAGCCGUUAAAGGCCAACCGAGAAAUCGUGCUUCGAACAAGAAGAAAGAUCCCUUCGACCGACCUUCACCUGGAUUAGUCAAGAGACUAGCAGCAGAAGCUAGGAAUGAUGCGAAGUCACGUAGAUUCGCUGAAGAAGAUGGUCCAAACGAGGAACAGCGGAGGGCGAUUCUAAAAGCCAAAGCGAAGAAGUAUGAGGCUAUAAAGAAAGGUGAUUUCUCGGAGAUGAGCCAGAAGGAGAUGGAAGAAGCUGUGAUAGAUUUCGAACGAAAGAUGGAAGAAGACGGCUACUCGUCCCAUUCAUCAGACGAAGAUGAAUCCGCUAGACCAUCACGACCGAAAUGGCAUGACGAAGACGAGGAAGAUGAUGGAGAUGACGACGACGAUUUAGCAAGGGUGGAAUACAUCGAUGAAAUGGGUCGAACGAGGACGGGUACACGCAAAGAAGCCAAAGAAGCUGAACGGCUGAAAUCCGGCAGCAGAGGUGAAAGAGAGGCUGUACAGGGGAUUGAAAGUGGACAAGAAGGUUCUGCAUACGCCGAAGUGCUACAAUCGAAUGUCAUUCACGGCGAUCAAAACUUCUUUCCGGUAUAUGAACCUGACCAAGACGCAUUGAAGAAGAAAUACCGAGAGGCAGAAGAAGAAGCUAGAGCACAUCAUUAUGAUUCCACCAAAGAAGUCCGAGUCAAAGGGGCAGGUCAAUAUCAGUUUUCUUUAGACGAAGAGACUCGUGCAGAGCAAAUGGCAUCACUUGCAUCUCAACGACAGGAAACUGAAAAUGCUCGAUCCAAAGCCACUCAAUCUCAACAGAAGGGUCUGUCCGCCGCUCAGGAAGCUAGGAAGAGAAAAGCCGAUGAGCGAAAGGCCCUCAUCGAAGCUAAGAGAGCUAAAAUGUUAGGUGGUGAGAAGGAAGUUGAAAGGUUGAGACAGGAGAGGAGGCAGAGAGAAACUGUAGAUUUCUUGAAAAAUCUGGAGAAUGAGCUGGAUGCCUCCGAUGUGAAGAAGGAAGAGUAA